AUGACCAUACUUCAAUAUGGGCCUAGUAUCAUGACCAUACUUCAAUAUGGGCCUAGUAUCAUGACCAUACUUCAAUAUGAGCCUAGUGACAUGACCAUUAUUCAAUAUGGGCCUAGUGUCAUAACCAUACUUCAAUAUGGGCCUAGUGUCAUGACCAUACUUCAAUAUGGGCCUAGUGACAUGACCAUUAUUCAAUAUGGGCCUAGUGUUACCAUACUUCAAUAUAGGCCUAGUUAUGGGCCUAAAAUCAUGACCAUACUUAAAUAUGGGCAUAGUGUCAUGAUCAUACUGCAAUAUGGGCCUAGUGUCAUGACCAUACUUCAAUAUGGGCCUAGUGUCAUGACCAUACUGCAAUAUGGGCCUAGUCUCAUAAACAAUCUCAAAUCUCAGCUGAAAGAACAUGCACGUAUUCCUUCUUAA